GGGUGUCAUAGUUACCAUAGCCCAUGAUGUGGAGAAUGUCUGGAAGAGCAGUAGGAUGAAGCAGGCCCAUAGAAUAGUCUUUGCCUCCUGGAGAUCCCUGGAGGUCUGGGUGAGUGUGGUUUGGGGUUUAGCCUCCCCACCUGCUCGCCCUACUUACCUGGUGUCCCUAUGCAGCCCUGCCUCCCAAGCCCAGCUCAGGGCCCUGGAACUCUCCCUUGGGACUUCCCUCCUCCUCAGCCCUGGCUCUUGGUGCCCUGCCCAGCUGCCAUGGUAACAGGUUCCAGGGUGACAAAGGAGGUUGCUGGGUCCUAUUUCCUCCCAGUCCUGUCGAGGAGGAUUUUCAGACCACAGAGACUGAACUGCUCUGCACCUACCUGGGCUCUUUCUGUGUUCUCACUCAGGUUGAGCUCAAACUUCCACCCCUGCCAGCAGGGCCAUGUGUACCAGCCUGACCACUUGUGAAUGGAAGAAAGUCUUCUAUGAGAAGAUGGAGGUGGCAAAGCCGGCUGACAGCUGGGAACUCAUCAUAGACCCCAAACUCAAGCCCAAUGAGCUGGCCCCUGGCUGGAAGCAGUACCUGGAGCAACAUGCCUCAGGCAGGUUCCACUGCUCCUGGUGCUGGCACACCUGGCAGUCGGCCCACGUGGUCAUCCUCUUCCACAUGCAUCUGGAUCGCGCCCAGCGGGCGGGCUCGGUGCGCAUGCGCGUCUUCAAGCAGCUGUGCUACGAGUGCGGCACGGCGCGGCUGGACGAGUCAAGCAUGCUGGAGGAGAACAUCGAGAGCCUGGUGGACAACCUCAUCACCAGCCUGCGCGAGCAGUGCUACGACGAGGACGGCGGCCAGUACCGCAUCCACGUGGCCAGCCGCCCGGACAGCGGACUGCACCGCAGCGAGUUCUGCGAGGCCUGCCAGGAGGGCAUCGUGCACUGGAAGCCCAGCGAGAAGCUGCUGGAGGAGGAGGCGACCUACACCUUCUCUGGUGCCUCCAAGCCAGGGGCUCGGGAGGGUUCAGGCUACAACUUCUUCUCCCUCCGCUGGUGCCUCUUCUGGGCCUUUCUCUGCCUGCUCAUUGCCUUGCUGCAGUUCUCCUUCCGCAGCUCUGCCUUCUUUUAGUGGAGCUGGUUGGGAGUGGGAGGAAGGCACAUGGGGGUGAGAGUGGGAAAGACGCAGUUCUGGUCCUGAUUCUGCCACAGGUUCAAUAUAUGAUGCUGGACAACUCAGUUACUUCUGUGGGCGUCAGUUUAUUCCUCUGCAGAAAGAGAGGUAUGCUCUAGGAGAUAUUUAAUGGUCUUUCCAUUAAAAUUUACAGUGAUGGAGGGAAGGGGAGAAGAG